CUCCUUUUCUAAUGAAAGAAAAGCAAAUUAAGUUUUAUUCCGAUUCUGCCCAUGUUUAGGGAGCUUUAAUUUGAAAUGAGGAAGGGCGAAUGGGUACUUUAAAGAAAUGAUGAGGAUCAUUAGGAGGAAGAGAGAAAAUGGGGCCAGGGAGCAUUGUUAAUUUUUAUGGCGGUCUGCAGCUACGUAUGAGCAAAUAGGAAGUCAAAAUAGAGGCAGAAUUUAUUAUGGGAGUCACAUCUCUUGCCAUUGAAGCAGUGCGGUGCAGUGCAAUGCUAGAAAGAGAACGAUAAUAACGAUAUUUUUGUUUCUUUAAUGAGCAACACAUACCAAACCCUUUGAGAAAUUUUCAAACAGAAAUGGCCACCUCUCAGGGUGGUAACAGUCACAGGAAUGGAACGCACACUAACAGAACCUCUCUCAAACCUCACGUCAAGUCAAAGCCUGCUCAACGCCGUAAUAGCACCGGCAAGGACCACGCUGCUGUACCUGGAAGAGUUAGAGUGGCUGUUAGAUUGAGGCCACGGAACGCAGAGGAAUCGGUGGCGGAUGCUGACUUCGCUGAUUGUGUGGAACUGCAGCCGGAGCUCAAGAGGUUAAAACUUCGGAAAAACAAUUGGGAUGCAGAUACCUAUGAGUUUGAUGAGGUGCUAACCGAAUUUUCCUCACAAAAACGUGUUUAUGAAGUUGUGGCCAGGCCUGUUGUGGAGAGUGUUCUGGAUGGCUACAAUGGGACAAUUAUGGCGUAUGGGCAAACUGGUACUGGUAAGACUUAUACACUUGGACGACUUGGAGAGGAAGACAAUGCUGCACGUGGAAUAAUGGUGCGGGCCAUGGAGGAUAUUCUUGCACAUAUUUCCCUGGAAACUGAUUCAGUCUCAGUCUCUUAUUUGCAGCUUUACAUGGAGACCAUACAAGAUCUGCUUGACCCUGCUAAUGAUAACAUAGCCAUCGUAGAGGAUCCCAAAACCGGUGAUGUUUCAUUACCUGGGGCUAGCCUUGUUGACAUUCGAGACCAGCAGAGUUUUGUAGAACUAUUAAGGUUAGGAGAGGCUCACCGCUUUGCUGCAAAUACAAAAUUGAAUACAGAAUCUUCUAGAAGUCAUGCUAUUCUGAUGGUUCAUGUAAAGAGAUCUGUGAAAGGAAGAGAUGCUGCUCUUUCAAGUGAAAAUGGCAAUCAUCCACACAUGGUUAAAUCAAUAAAGCCAACUCUUGUUCUGAAAGGCAAAUUGGUUGUUGUUGACCUUGCUGGUUCAGAGCGAAUUGACAAGUCAGGAAGUGAAGGACAUACAUUAGAAGAAGCUAAAUCUAUCAAUCUGUCCUUGAGUGCAUUGGGGAAGUGUAUUAACGCACUUGCAGAGAAUAGUGCACAUGUGCCAUUUCGUGACUCAAAGCUUACUAGAUUAUUACGUGAUUCAUUUGGAGGUACAGCAAGAACUUCACUAGUUAUUACUAUUGGUCCAUCCCCACGACAUAGGGGAGAGACUGCCAGUACUAUAAUGUUUGGACAGAGGGCUAUGAAGGUGGAAAACAUGGUAAAGUUGAAGGAAGAAUUUGAUUACAAAAGCUUAUCUAGGAGGUUAGACAUAGAAUUAGAUAAACUCAUUGUGGAACAUGAAAGGCAGCAGAAGGCAUUUGAAGAUGAGGUUGAAAGGUUAGCCACUGAAGCGCAACAACGAAUAUCUGAUGCUGAAAGGAACUACGUAGAUUUAUUGGAGAAGGACAGAUCAAAAUAUCAGACGGACUAUAUGGAAUCAAUUAAGAAGCUUGAAGAACAGUUAGUAAUGAAUCAACGAAAGAACGAGGAACUUCAUAUGAAAUCUAGUGGAGAGAUUCCCAGAGUAUCUCUUGAGGAACUGGCUGAUUUGAAAAAAAUGCUUCAGAAAGAGACUCAUCUAAGAAAAGCUGCUGAAGGGGAAUUAAAUAAUCUUAAGAGUCAAGUGGCGGAACUAAAGAAGUCAGAGGCAUCAGGAAAGUCUGAGAUCUUAAAACUUCACAACAUGUUGGAAGAUAAGGAACAUCAAACAAAGAAACUUGAAGGAGAAAUAGCAAUAUUACAAAGUCAUUUGUUGCAGUUAAGACUUGAAGCUGAUGAGACAAGGCCACACUUUGACAGAGGUGGGUUUGAAAAAGAAACAGGUGGUCCUAAUUCUCUCACUGCUCAAGUUAAGCAGCAGCAACAACAACAACAAGCUUCAGGAAAUGGAGAGAAGCCCUCAAUAGCCAAGCUGUUUGAGCAAGUGGGAUUGCAGAAAAUUUUGUCUUUGCUUGAAGCUGAAGAUGCUGAUGUGAGAAUCCAUGCUGUGAAAGUUGUAGCAAAUCUAGCUGCUGAAGAAACAAAUCAAGGGAAGAUUGUAGAAGCAGGAGGGCUCACAUCCUUACUUAACCUGCUCAAGAGCUCACAAGAUGAGACCAUUCAUAGAGUUGCUGCAGGUGCAAUUGCAAAUUUGGCAAUGAAUGAAGCCAACCAAGAACUUAUCAUGGUCCAAGGGGGCAUUAGUUUGCUGUCAAUGACUGCAGCCAAUGCUGAAGAUCCUCAAACCCUUCGAAUGGUUGCUGGAGCCAUUGCUAAUCUUUGUGGCAAUGAUAAACUACAAACGAAACUAAGGAGCGAAGGUGGUAUCAAGGCACUGCUGGGAAUGGUCAGAUGCAGACAUCCUGAUGUGCAUGCUCAAGUUGCUCGUGGAAUAGCAAAUUUUGCGAAGUGCGAGUCAAGAGCAUCUAGUCAAGGUAACCUAUGGACAAAGAGUGGAAGAUCUUUCCUCAUUGAAGAUGGUGCCCUUCCAUGGAUUGUGCAAAAUGCAAACAACGAAGCCUCAUCAGUCAGGCGUCAUAUUGAGCUUGCACUCUGUCACUUGGCGCAACAUGAAAUAAAUGCAAGAGACAUGAUUAGUGGGGGUGCAUUGUGGGAACUAGUUCGUAUCUCCCGUGACUGUUCAAGAGAAGAUAUAAAGACUCUUGCACAUCGAACACUACUCUCCAGCCCCACUUUCCAAUCUGAAAUGAGGCGUUUGCGGGUGAAUUAAUGAAGAAUUCUGCAGAGUAAACCAAAGUGGGCUGAAAGAUCCAAAGACAAACAAUACUCUGUAAGUAUUCAGGCAGGAAAGCUUUGUUCAGUGUUCUAGCUGAAAUUCUUAACAAGCGUAAGUUCUUUUUUGUGGUUGAUCCAUGAAUGAAUGGCCAUAAUUUAAUCAAGUCAAUGUGGUGUUUCCGGUGCAGCGACUGGGAUGUAAAUUGAUUUGUAUAUUAAAUAAAUAGAGGUAGUGACAGUUUUGAA